AUGGAGCCCCCCUCAGCCCAUGCCCGCAGAGGGUGCAUCCCCUGGGACGGGCUCCUGCUGGCAGUCUCACUCUUAACUUUCUGGAACCUACCCACUACUGCCCACCUCACUUUUGAAUCAAUGCCCUUCAAUGCUGCAGAAGGGACAGAUGUUCUUUUACUUGUCCACAAUGUGACAGGGGAUCUUCUAGGCUAUGCCUGGUACAGAGGAGAAAGGGUAGAGAAUAACCAACUAAUUGCAUCAUGUAGAGUGUACACUCAAGUAAAUACACCAGGGCCUGCACACAGAGGUCGAGAGACAAUAUACCCCAAUGGAUCCUUGCUGAUCCAGAAUGUCACCCAGAACGACACAGGCUACUACACCCUGCUGGCCACAAGGAAUGAUUUACAGACUGAAAGACUAGCUGGACAACUCCGCGUAUACCCGGUGUUACCCAAACCCGUCAUCACCAGCAACAACUCCAACCCCAAGGAGCUGGAGGACACUGUAGUGUUAACAUGUGGCCUUGAGACUCCGAACACCUCCCACGUGUGGUGGAUCAACAAUCAGAGCCUCCCCAACAGCACCAGGCUGGAACUGUCUGAGGACAACAGGACUCUCACUUUAUUCCAUGUCACAAGGAAUGACACAGGACCCUAUAUGUGUGAAACUCGGAACCCAGUGAGUGUCAGCCGCAGUGACCCAUUCACCCUGAAUGUUUUCUAUGGCCUGGACACCCUCACCAUUUCCCCCUAUUACCAUCCAGAGGCAAACCUCAGCCUCUCCUGCCACACGACCUCUAACCCAGCCACUCAGUGUUCUUGGCUUAUCAAUGGGAGGCCCCAACAAUCACACAGAAGCUUUAUCCCCAACAUCAUUGCAAAUGAUAGUGGAUCCUAUAACUGCCUUGUCCAUAACUUGGUCACUGACCUCAGUAAAACCACAGUCAAGACUAUCACAGGGACUUCCCUGUCACCCCUCUGUUUCUCCACAGACCCAGUGGCACAGCCCUCCAUCCAAGUCAGCAACACCACAGUCACAGAACAUAAGGACCCUGCCGUCCUGACCUGCAUCACAAAUGACACUGGGAUCUCCGUCUCCUGGUUCUUCAGUGACCAGAGUCUACUGCUCACAGAGAAGAUGACACUGUCCCCGGACAAUAGCACCCUCUCCAUAGACCCCGUCAGGAGGGAGGAUGCCGGGGAUUAUUGGUGUGAGGUCUCCAACCCCAGCAGUUCCAGCAUAGGUGACCCUGUCACCGUGGUGGUGCUCUGUGAGUGA